AUGGCUACUGCUCAUGGAUCCACCACUCACCUUUCAACAGGGCCGUUGCCUGCCACGGCACCAAUAAGUGCAGAUGAACUCAAAGAAUACGAGCGCAUUUUGAAGAUCAGUGAUGAGAUUUUCGCCGGCUCUCACCCACGCCUCAAGGUCCCUCAGCAGUUUGUACGCAAACCUGUGGCACGGAAUAGCCAACAUGGCCAUCCAGCCCAACAGGUAGCGAAAAGCAAACAUUUUGGGGUUCCAGCAGGCAAUGUACCUGUAUCCAACACAGCCCAGCGCCCCCAAACCUCACAGGCUCCUCCCGCAGCUGGCAAUGCGCCAACGACAUCGGUUCUAAACGCUGCAGCACCCCCUUUCCGAAUGGCUCCUAAACCCACCUCUGAAAUCGAUCCUAUCUUCUUGACCAAGUCGGAUGAUCUCGUUCGGGCAGAAAUUCAAUUACAACGGCAGAGGGUGGAAAGGACAUUGCGUGAUCAGAUUGAGCAGAAGAAGCUGGACUCGAAACUGAAACCCGCGAUUCAAGAUACAAAACCAGACUUUGAUGUCUCAGAUGUUUUGGAUCGUGCCCUAGAGAUCGUGCGACCCGUUUCACUGAGUGAUCCAUCCGAAGUCAAUGGACCGAAUGAUUCCUUCGAUGAAAAUUCCUUCUACUCCAGUAGAGCACCCGACUCCCCCCAACCAGCCGGGGCUCACCGAAAGUCCUCUCCAGCAGCUCCAGCCCAGCCGUUGAGCUCUGCCUCACGGGUUCCGGUAGAUCAUUACGCAGAUGAGUUGCAACGACUGGAAGCUCUGAACCGAUCGGGAUCUGACCAGGAAAUGCAUGAUGCUUACCCUGUUGUUGACCAGCUCGCCCCUAAUCCUUCAAAGCCGACGCUUUCCUACCAGCCAAAAGCCUCCGGUCAUCUCCAUGAGCUACAACUAGCGGAUGCCCCUGAGGAACCGGAAUACUCUCCACCAGCACCAGUGGCACCCCCAACUGAUCCAAGACACUACGAGCGAAUGGCAACCGGUGACGAUCGAGGCAGGUACGCCGACCGAACACAGGGUAUUCAGGGCGUGACAUCACCUGCGACGAACGUGAAGGUAGUUCGGAAUCACAUCACCUCCCCGGCUGCCCCUCGGCCGUCACGAGUGUCCCCGUUGGCGACUGCCAAAGUCCCCUCGGUUCAGCAACUUCGGGGCGGACGGCCCGAGCGCGGAUCUGAACAGGUAUACUCGGACCCUGACUCUGGUCGCGCAAGUCCCAGUGGGCCAGCUCACCAAGUCAUGUCUCGAAAGCGGAGAAAACUACAUGGGAAAGAGGACACACGCUUGGUCUCUCACAAGAGUCAGAAUGCUGGGCCCUCCGAUGCCUACAUCAAAGCAGAGCCGGUCUCACCGCCGCCUUUUGCUGAUGAUCCGGCUGUGAACCCGAGCCGGCACCCUCAAGAACGGCCCGUGUAUAUUGACAUUGCGUCACCACAAUACACUCCCGUGGUUGAGAGGCAUGAGCCGUCCGUGCGGGGCCCAGCCUACGAGUUGAAUCCUUAUCAUGAGAUUCCAGCUGAACAAGGAACACUCCGUGCGGUUUCUCAACUGGGUGAUCGGCGGGUGGUUCGUGACGAUAGCGAUUUGCGACGGGUCACCACUAUGCAGUACGCUAGACAACCUGAAUAUCCUCGCGGCUAUGUCGAGACGGAACCCCGUGGUGGUCGAGCUGCAUCUUAUGCAGUCGUGGAAAGGUUGCCGCAGGAGCGACCUAGAUACUACGAGGAAGUCCCCUCUUCAUAUGGACCUCGCUACAUCACUGUGGAUGAUGGUCACCAGCCCGCAUAUCAAGAUCCGUAUUACGAAGAGCAUCCACCGGUUCGCGUCAUGGCUGCACCUGAACGCCGCUUUGUGGUCGAUGAGCAUGGCAAUCGCUUUGAGAUGGUCCCAGCACCGAGGAUGCAAUCUAUGGCACCGCCGCCGAGACCAAUGUCCCGGGCACCCAAGGCCGAUGUCUACAGUGACCACGUCCCUGUCCGUACAGCCAGUGCUCGAGCGCCAUCGGUCAUACAAGAUCCCUACGGUGAGCACAGAUACGUGCAGGAGAUGCCUCCACCCCCGCCCACAUACCGAAGGGUGGUUUCGGACUAUGCUCGCCCGGUCGCCGGAGAACGAAGAGCGUACGCGACACCAUUGGAAAGUCACGAUCCAUACGCACCAAGUGAGGGUGUGCAGCUAGCCGAAUAUGUUCCUCGUCGACCAGCAUACGUUGAGGACCAUGCCCAGCCUCUGGAGAGGGUCAUUCGCACCUCGAGUGUGCGGCCACAACCGGUUCGGUACGAAGAGCCUCUUGAAGUCGUCCAACGUGUCGGCAGUGUUCGUCCUGUCGGACCCAGUCGCGAAGUGAGCGUCUUUCUGGAUGAUCGACAAAGGGGCGAGUACAUUGAACGACCCUACUAUGUUCGGGAGCAACGAUAUUACGAAGGUGAUGAUGGGAAUCGCAUGGCGUUGGAUGGUCCCGCAGACUCGGUUCAGCGUGCCCAGCCGCGCUACUAA